CAGAAGUAACUACGCGAUUUGACCCCAGCGAAGGUAUCCCCGCCAUUGACGUGAAAUCAAAAUGGCGUCCGUCAUAGGCUCCGAAGUAGAGAUUCAAGAAGUUGAAGUCGAAUCGAUCCCGGUUGAAAUGCCAAUAGAGACAGUUGAGACAACAGAUGAAACAGUUGAAGUUCAACCUAUGAUAGCUCUUCAACCACUCCCAGAUGCACAGGAGGAAAUCGUUUUACAAACAAGAGAAGAAGUUGUAGGUGAUCCAAACGAUCCAAACCUCGUGUAUGCUGAUUCUAUACCAGUGCCUGCCCCUGAAAUUGAAAUAAGUACAGAAGAAACACACACAUUGAAGCGAGGUAGAGGGAAAAAGAGAGGAGCAAAAAAUCGUGGACUUUUAAGCGGUUUAGGCACUGAAUUGACUCUCGACUCCCCGUCGUCAGCUAAAAAAUGGGAACAGAAGCAAGUGCAAAUAAAAACACUGGAAGGAGAAUUUUCGGUUACCAUGUGGGCUACAGGAACAGAUGACAAAAUCAAAUUGGAAGAAGAUGCAUCAGUAUCAGAAACAGAUGCAGAUUUCACAGAAUACAUGACAGGCAAGAAACUGCCACCAGGGGGCAUUCCAGGGCUUGACCUCAGUGACCCCAAACAGCUGGCAGAAUUUGCAAGUCUCCAGCACAGGGACACCACUCUGCUGCAGCACUCAAGAAUUAAGCCCCGCAAGCCAGCCGAUGAUGUUCCCAGAACAGUUCCCUGUCCUCACAAGGGCUGCAGCAAAAUGUUUCGAGAUAACUCGGCCAUGAGAAAACACCUGCACACGCACGGCCCUCGAGUUCAUGUUUGUGCGGAGUGUGGAAAGGCGUUUGUAGAGAGCUCCAAACUAAAGAGACAUCAGUUGGUUCACACUGGAGAAAAGCCUUUCCAGUGUACGUUUGAGGGAUGUGGGAAGAGGUUCUCCUUGGACUUCAAUCUUCGAACUCAUGUCAGGAUUCACACUGGCGACCGCCCAUAUGUCUGUCCAUUCGACGGAUGCAACAAAAAGUUUGCCCAGUCCACUAAUCUGAAGUCUCACAUACUGACACAUGCCAAAGCAAACAAUGUGAUAUCAGUCCAGUUGGGGAGUGACAGUAACAGCAGUGUGGACCUAAAUCAAGCAAUAACGUACCAGCCUCCCUCAUCACAAGAGACAAUGUUAAUAGGGUAUGCAUAUGAGGAGCAGUGAUAUUCAUUCAUAGAUUAUUUAAAGAAAAUCUUUGAGACUUUGCCCAGUGCUAGCAAUGACUGAAGGACUUGCCUCAGUGAAUUAUUGACCUUCAGAGGGGUCAAUCUGUGAAGGCCUUGACCUUGAGUGUUCAGGCCCAGUCAGCCUUGUCAUCAAUUUCUCAUUUGUAUUCAUUAUUUAUUUUGUUGUUGCCCUGUAGAUUGUACUCUUCAGAGUGCCUCUAUGACAUUGGAAAUUGAAAAUCUGUAUUCACUGUUUCAUGUCAUCAUUUUGUCAUGGUAAUCUGAUAUUGUGUACUUUGUUUCAAAAAUAAGUGUUCUCUGUAGAAAAUUUUCAUUGAAAAUGGGAGAUAAUCCAGUAAUAAAUGAAGCCUGGCCUCAUUUGAUGGCAGUGGAUGCUUCAUUGGAACUCAAAGGGAUUCAGAAACUAACAUACCACUUCUUGCUUAGACAUGAAUACAGAUGUACCUUGGCCAGCCCUGUGCUUUCUCUUCACUCCCAGAGGCUGGUUUUUGUGCAGUUGAAAAAGCAGCAUUUCUGAUACAUGUACAUGUUGCAUCAUCAUGUUUUAAUGAUGUUGUCUGUAUGUAUGUAAAAAGUAUAAGAAUGUAGAUGUGCUAAUUAACAAUUUCAUUGUACAUAAAUAGUAUUGUCUCUAAAUUUAUCAAAGAAUAUGGCAGUUUUAACUAUUCUUAAAACAGAAUAUGACAAAUUUAGCAAAAUCUGUCUGAUCACAGAAAUCCCAUUCUAAAUCUGUUAUAACUUUUAUUGGUGCCACUGCUCUUAUGUACUGAAAUAUAUACGAAGGGAAGCAAUAAUUAAGAAUUUGUCGUAAGUGGUCUUCUCUUGAAAAUAAAUAUUACAAAAACUUAA